CAUCUGACCAACUUCUUUGAAUCCCUCAACAGUUGGACCAAGAACAUUCAGUUAGAAUUUUAAAGAGAAGAUCAUCAUCAGAGAAUGGAGUGGUGUGUCCUGGUGCUGAUAUUGAGUUUGGCGUCUUCGAUCCAGGCCGAUUGUUCUUCCCAGUGCCUGAACUGCGCGCAGCAGAUCCCAAGUAUAGACAUGUCCAUCAACAGUCUGACGUGCACUUUGGAGUGCGAAGGCAUCUUUCCGUCCACGGCAGAACUGGACAAAUGUGAGAAAGCCCUGCAGCUGUCCUCCGCUGGACACGUGGAGCUCAGCGGCAGAGACGAGGACGGGCCGGACGGCUUGGAAACGCAGCAGCAGGAAGCGUCUCCUGGCAACGUGGAGAAGCGCUACGGCGGAUUCAUUAAGAGAAUCGACAAGAACAAAAUAUACAGCUACCCGGGCCGAGAAAACGCUCUGCUCAAAGGGCUCUUCGCCAGGAAGUACGGCACCUUGGCGCGCAAGGUGGGGGAACGAGAGGCGCAGGAGCCGUCCCGGGACGCCCAGGGGGGCCGAGGCGCGCUCCCGGAGCGCGAGCCCGAGCCCGACCGCGACCGCGACCGCGACCGCGACGAGGACGAAGCGGGAAUCGAGAAGGUGAAACGCUACGGCGGCUUCUUCAGGAAAUUCGUCCCGAAAAGGAGCGAGGAGUCCGCGGAAGAGGAGGACGGGGACCAGGAGGGGCUGCAGAAGCGCUACGGCGGCUUCAUGAGGAGGAUCCGACCCAAACUCAAGUGGAACAACCAGAAGCGCUACGGCGGCUUUCUGCGGCGCCACUUCAAAAUAUCCGUGAGGUCCGACGAAGAGCCCAACUCGUACGACACCUCCGACCUGUAGAGCCGCGGAGCGGUUCGGAUCGUGGUCGGUCCGCGCUGCCGAACUUCACGAACUCGUGCUGCAGGUGCACUGGAACCGCCCCCGUGACGUCCGUGAACUCGUGUUGGUGUGUGUCGUGAACUUUGUGUACUGUGUGUACUUGGCUUAGAGGAGCGAGUAGCGCGGGGCCGCCGCAGGGAACGGCGCACAUCGUAA